AUGGAUUUUGACACUUUGAAAAAAAAUCGUACUGCUGCUAAAAGCAAUAUCACUAGAAUUUUAAACUCUAUUAACAAAUUAAAAGAUACUGAAACUGAUAUCACUUAUUUUGAAACCAAAUUAGAGCAGUUACAAAAAGCUUUUGAUCGUUAUUCCACUGUUCAAGAUGAAAUAGAACAUAAUAUUUCUGAAUUACAACCAACCCUUAUUGACUCUGAAAAUAGGGAUUUGGUUGAGGAACAAUGUGACAAGGUCACACAAAAGGAAGCAGACGACUAUAAACAUCAAGUAUACGUUCUGGAAAAUGAGCACAUAAAAUUCAAAUCGAUCAUAAUGACACUGGAAAAAGAUAUCAUUGAUAUCAAAAAGGAAAUAUUGGAAAGAGACAGCACAAUAGAAGAUAAGGAGAAAAGAAUAUUUCAACUCAAAAGCAAAAAUCAAGAACUAGAGAAAUUUAAAUUUAUUUUGGAUUUUAAGAUCAAAGAAUUAAAAUCUCAAAUAGAACCCAGAGAACGGACAAUUCAAGAACAAGUUACGCAAAUUAAUGAAAUGGUGCGCGAGCUAGAGAAUUUGCAAAAGGUUAUCCUAAACUUGGAUACCCAGAUGGCGGAAGGCCGAGCCAAGUUAGCGGCGGCGGUGAACGAGGUGCGAAAAGAGGUAGAGAAAAAUCGUGUUAUGAAAAAGGCGCUUCAGGCUAUCAGAAUGGAUAUACAUCAUGCCAGUGGAUUUAUCCAGAAUGUGCCCAUGUUACAGAAAGUUGUUAAGGAAAUGUAUCACAAGUACAACGCCGACAAAGAUUUCGAAGUCAGUCAAGCUGAAGAUACAGAAGCCAAAAGUGAAUUCUUGCGACAGAGAGAUUUUCUGGAACGUACGGUUUCUACUUUGCACGCACAAGCAACCAAAAGUAGCAGUACACUGAGUUUCGAUAAAGUGAGAUUGGUUGAAGAAAAUGCUGCUUUACUAGUCGAGACGAAUCAACUGCGCAAAAACCUACAGGUUGAAAUUAAUCAGAACAAAAAACUUAAUUCUAUUAUUGGAAUGUCUUACGUUACACCCAAACUUGCACAGAAAAAAGUAAACCUGGCAAUAUCGACUAAAGAAGAAAUUCAUAACAAAUACAGGAACACUAUUACUAAAAACGAAGCAGCCAUAGAAUCAUUGGUCCAGGAAAACGAAAGGCUGUUGAACAUAAUCGCAGAGAAUGUAGAAAGGGCUGAAGCAGAAGCUGAUGAGGAAGGGCAAAAUUCUAGAGAUUGUUCGCUGAUGCCACUUUUACAAAAAAAAAUGACAUAA